GGCGACGCGGCCUUGUGCGCGAGCGCAACACAGGUUCGUUCGACUCGGAUUCAGUUCCACCCCAGAUCUCAGCGCGGGCGCCCGCGUCAUGUGUAUCGCCAGCGAGAGUGCCGGACGCGCGAUCCUGUCCAAUUAGUGUUCCCGCGAGAAACGAGUUAAGUGGCCGGUUUGAGUAGUGAUCUACGCACUCGGCCUCCGAGGCGGAAUAAACUCACCGCAGUGUUUCAUUGACACCAUGUUUACGUGUGACUGCAGUUCGAUGAGAUGAUAAAUAAAACUAUGUAAUAAGUUUGAGUGAAGUGAAAGCACAACAACAUGUGUACGAUGUGGUACGCUAGCGGCUUGUUAGUGAUGAGCAUGGCUCUCACGGCGUGGAGUGCGUCGCUGUCGGCCACGACCGGCGCGCGCUACCAGGCGCCGGACGAGUGCCGCUGGACCACUGACGACGAGGGAUCCGGGGUCGCUCUACAGUGCAGACUUAGGACAAUCAAUAGUGAAUUAGAAAACACAAACUUUAGCGCCAUACAACCUCACCUAACAGUGCGCCUGCGCCUCGAGUGCAGUGAUGCACUUUUCUUCCAAAGCUCUCUAUCUCCGGGUAGCUUCCGGCAACUCGUUGAGCUGAGAGAGCUCACAAUAGAAUACUGCAAAAUUGGAAAUCUUUCCGACGGCGCCUUCACGGGUCUUCGGGAACUGAGAAACUUGACAAUCAGAACACAUAACACUGAUUGGUCUGCCAUGUCUCUGGAAAUCACACCAACAGCCUUUUCUAGAGAUGUACAAAACUUGGAGAGACUAGAUCUGAGCGAAAAUAACAUGUUAGUGUUUCCCGAAGGAGCACUUUGUACGCUACGAAACUUGGAAUACUUGAACAUGACUGGAAACAGAAUGAGAGAUAUCAGUCACUUUCAGUUUACAUCAGCACAUCGCCACCCUACGGAAAAAUGCGGAGAUAACCUAAUUGUAUUGGAUCUAUCUCGGAAUGUGAUUGAUACACUUCCUCCGAGUCUGUUAUCAGGCCUCAAACGCUUGCAAAAAUUGUACCUACAAGGAAAUGGGUUGAAUUCAGUUGCCGAUAGAGCACUUGAAGGUCUUAUCUCUCUAACCACGAUAAGAUUUUCUGACAAUCAGCUGACGAGUCUUCCUCCAGAAUUGUUUAGUGAUACAAAAGAGCUGAAAGAAAUCUACUUGAACAACAACACGAUAACAGUGUUAGCACCCGGACUGUUCAGUGACCUGUCGCAACUUCUUGUUUUGGACUUAUCUAAUAAUGAGUUGACAUCAGAUUGGAUCAACACAUCAACAUUUUCUGGAUUGAAAAGACUAGUUUACCUAGAUUUCUCACACAACAGAGUAUCAAAAAUGGAAAUUGCAUUGUUCCGAGACCUGCACAACUUGCAGAUACUGAAAAUGCAGGAUAAUUUUAUAGAACACAUACCAGAAAACGUCUUCAGUUCAUUGAGCAAUCUCCACACGCUUAUACUAUCAAAUAACAGAUUAACAAAUAUUGAAAGCUAUGCGUUUAAUGGCGUGAAAGCGCUGUCAGUGCUCUCGAUAGACAGUAACCGCAUUUCUAAAAUACACCCUCACGCUUUUCGUAACUGCUCCACUCUACAAGAUUUACAUUUAAAUGGAAACCGGCUUGAUGAAGUGCCCCUAUCUUUGAAAGAAAUUCCGCAGCUGAAAACACUAGACUUGGGUGAAAACCUCAUUGUUAGCGUAGAAAACGCAUCCUUCAUGACAAUGCAACAGAUGUACGGCCUAAGGCUCACUGAAAACAAUAUUGGAAAUAUCAGUAAAGGAGUUUUUGAUAAAAUGAACUCACUGAAAAUUCUUAAUCUGUCCCGAAACAAAAUUCAUAAAAUAGAAGCUGGCUCGUUCGAUGCUAAUAUUAAUUUGCAAGCGAUAAGGUUGGAUGGAAAUUAUUUAACCGAUAUUGGUGGAUUAUUUGCCAAAUUACCAAAUCUAGUUUGGCUUAAUAUUUCUGAUAACCGAUUAGAAUGGUUUGACUACGCAAUGAUUCCAACUGGAUUGCAGUGGCUCGACAUUCACGCCAAUAGGAUUGCUGAACUUGGAAAUUACUUUGAAAUUGAAUCUCAACUAUCGCUCAGUACGUUUGAUGCCAGUUCUAACAGACUAACAGAAAUAACUGGAAGUGCAAUACCGAACUCUGUGGAAAUGUUAUAUUUGAACGACAAUCUUAUUUCAAAAGUGCAAUCUUACACAUUUUUCAAGAAACCAAAUUUGACUAGAGUGGAUUUGUACGGGAAUAAAAUAACAAGUCUGGAUCCAAACUCUUUGAGAAUAUCGGCAGUGCCGCAUGAUAAAUCAGUGCCAGAGUUCUUCAUAGGAGGAAAUCCGCUGGAAUGCGACUGCACAAUGGAAUGGUUGCAAAAAAUCAACACCGGCAACCGAGCGCGAACUCAACCUAAGCUAAUGGAUUUAGACAGCAUAUAUUGCAAAUUACUAUACAACCGUGGAAAUUCAUACGUGCCUCUAGUUGAAGCUGCUCCUCAUCAAUUUCUGUGCAAAUAUGACUUCCAUUGUUUUGCAUUGUGUCAUUGUUGUGAUUUCGACGCGUGUGACUGUGAAAUGACCUGCCCGAAUAAUUGCACUUGCUAUCAUGAUCAAUCGUGGUCAGCUAAUGUGGUGGAAUGCUCAAACGCAGGAUAUGUAAAUUCAUUGCCUGAAAGAAUACCAAUGGAGGCCACACAACUGUACUUGGAUGGUAAUGACAUAAAAAUUCUACCAAGUCACGCAUUCAUUGGAAGAAAACGCCUGAAGGUGCUGUUCCUCAACUCGUCUAACAUCGAAAUCGUGCAUAACAGAACUUUUAAUGGAUUGAAGGAACUUGAAGUUCUGCACUUAGAUCACAACAGCUUAACUGCCAUCGAAGGACAAGAGUUUAAUGGUCUAGAAAACUUAAGAGAACUCUACAUAAACAACAAUAAAAUCAAACAUAUUGGCAAAGAGAUGUUUAAUCAUAUGGCUCGACUAAAGAUUCUACACUUGCAUCAUAACAGGAUAACAACGCUUGGUGUGUGGCAAAUAAACCCAGUUGUAACUGAAGUAACUCUAGCGUACAACCCGUGGUCUUGUGAUUGUGAAUACACCGAGAUGUUCCGAGAAUGGACAAAAAGAGUGAACUCUGUCAUUGACAUGUCAGAAGUAAGAUGUGUAUACUCUAAGGAAAACAGUACUGAUAUCAUGGUAUACAGUGACAAUGUGUAUGAUGACCCGGCUUCAGGAUUUUACAUCAUAAAAGAAAAUGGUACCAUAUGCACCGGGUUACCUAGCAUAGACAACAGUAUCAAUGGCAACCUUACAGCAACCAAGACUAUGAUUACAAAUGAGGAGAUGCAAGACUACAUCCCGUUGCUUGUGGCUAUACUUGGUGCACUAUUAUUAAUAUCUUCAGUAAGUGUGAUUGUGUUAGUAUUCAGGCAGGAAAUGCGAGUGUGGUUCCAUUCAAAGUUUGGUGUGAGACUGUUCUACAAAACUAGUGACCUAGACAAAGACGAUCGUGAAAAAAUGUACGAUGCAUUUGUGAGUUAUAGUUCAAAAGACGAAGCUUGGGUCGCCGAGGAACUGGCCCCCAUGUUGGAGAGAGGAGUGCCCUCCUACAAAUUGUGCCUUCAUUACCGUGACUUCCCCGUGGGCGGGUACGUGGCCGACAACAUAGUGCAGGCCGUGGAGUCGUCGCGGAGAACAAUCAUGGUGCUCAGUGAGAACUUUAUAAAAUCCGAGUGGUGCCGUUACGAGUUCAAAUCGGCUCACCACCAAGUGUUGACCGACCGGCGACGGAGGUUGAUCGUAGUGUUAUUGGGUGAAGUGUCUCAGAAGGAUUUGGAUCCUGAUAUAAGACUGUACUUGAAGACUAAUACUUACUUGCACUGGGGCGAUAAGUUGUUCUGGGAGAAGCUGAGGUUCGCGUUGCCGGACGUGAACAGUAGCGUGCGGUGCCGCGGCGGCGGGAGCGGGGUCGGGGGCGGCGGGCUGGUGUCCAUGCACCGGCACCACCACCCGCGCGCGCACCUCGGCGCGCUGCCGCCCACGCCGGUGCACGGCGGGCACCCCGUGCUGCCCCCGCACCCCGCGCACCAGCAGCCCCCGCGCGCCUCCCCGCGCAACCUCGCCGUGCAUGUGUAGUGAACUCGGUGCUUAGUGAAGUGAUUACACCAAGUGACACGUGAAAGGACUGUUCCGAGUGACGAUGUCAUGGCUAGUCGGUUAACGUAUGUACAUAUUAUACUCUUAUUUGUAUUCCUAGUUAUCUGAAUUGUAAAUAUUAACAUUCAACUAAAUAUUACGCUUGAACAUUGCAUUGUUACAUCACAGAAUAAUGUAAGUUUUACAAUUCCAUUUUGCAUUUCUAUUUUUUACUGAUUUUAUAUGUAGAUGCCUUUAUAUGUUUAAAAAUAAUUGUAUGGCUAUUGAUAAGGAAGCCAUCAUAGUCCAUCUGUCAGCAUAAUUUGCUAGUACAUAGUAAUAAGCUAGGCCUACUCGGGCUGUGUUAGGCUAACUCGCCAAACUACUUUUGAGUAACUAAAACUGGGCUUCAUAGCCGCAAUCUGUGAUAAACUUAGUAUGUAGUUAGAUUCCAAUAAAUAAUUCAUAAAAUGUAUAUUUGUAAUUUAGUCACUUUAAAAGAUGAUAUUUAUUGUAUAAAGUUGAGAAUUCCGACUGUGUCAGAAAGUGAUAUAUGAAAAUAAAUACAAAUUGAAAUUA